AUGAGCAGCUCCAUUCAACACUAUCAACCCCCGUCAAUAAGUUGCAACCUUCCUAACCGGAUCAUCAUUGGCCUUGACUAUGGAACAUCAGGCACUGGUAAUAUCCCUAGCAAGCGCGUUAUGGAAGGAGGAACUGCGCUGAUAAAGUGCCAUCUAGGAGUCAGAAUCUACUUUGUUGAAGACAAUGUGGCCACUCCUGAAGAACACGUACCAUGGCCCUCCGGUGGCGAUCAACUGAAAGUGCCAUCCAGGAUAGCAUACCCAGUUGAUAACCCAUCUUUCACCAUGCUUUCCCCCUGCUGGGGAUUUACCAUCAGUCCUGACAUGAGGGCAUACUCGUUGACCAAGCUCUUCCUGGAUAGCAACACGGCCGAUUUUGAUGACCAGGUUCUAAAACAAAGGCUUUUCCUUGGUAACCCUGACCAGGUUCUCCACCCUGACAAGAACCGAGCCCCCGUGGAUAUUGUCACCGACUACCUAUCUCAUGUGUUGAACUUCGUGUGGAGGGCACUCCAGAAUAAGUUAGGUCUGGAACUCAACAGUCUGCCUGUCGUACUUCAAUUCAGCGUUCCUGCAACCUGGUCUGAGCAGGGACAACGACUGAGCCGUCAUGCCGUACUUCAGGCAUGGGAUUUUAGGAGACCACAGGAUAGGCUUACAAUGAUGUCCGAGCCUGAAGCGGCCGCAAAAAACUGGAGACGGGAUCUUGGUGUGCGACUGUGGCAGUGGGACAGUGGUGCAAAAUGUGGAGGCGCGGCUAUCGACAGUCGACUUUUUGACCUUAUGAGAACGCGCCUCCCUCAGCAAGCCUUCAAGCACCUGAAUUAUCUCAUCGGCCCAGGGGGCGAGUUUAUGACAGAGUUCGAAAAGGUAAAAAGGAACUUCCAAAGUCCAGGGGACGGGCCUUUCCAUUUGCCACUUCGUAUUAGGAGGGGCCGGGCGGCUUGCAGAAUGCCAUACUUUAAUCAGGGGGACUACCAGUUUAUCCUGACGGGCAAAGACGUUCAAUCACUUUUUGACGGAGUCAUCCGCAACAUCAUUGGCCUGAUCAACUCGCAGAUGACAGCUGCAGAUAGAGAAUGCGGCCGCAGGGUGAUCAACAAACUUGUCCUUGUUGGUGGACUGGCAUCGUCACCUUACCUUCAAAGUGAACUUCAUAUGUGCUUUGGAGUUGGGGGAAGAAUGCUGUACAUGACAGUUUCACCUGGGGAACCCACUAUGGCUGUUGCUCAUGGUUCGGCACUCGCAGCCAUGCACGAAAUAGAGGUCAGAAAGGUCAGAAGUCCUCGUCAUUACGGAGUUGGAUGCCCGGGACACCCAGAAGCAGAUAUAGAAUGGGUAAUCGUCAAGGACGAGCCACUUGAACAAGGACGCAUCUAUACCCGUAGAUACCCUUGGUCACAUCAGCUGUACCAGGAGGGCCAUGCCCAGGUGAUGACCAUCCCACUCUAUUCUUGCGAACUAUCCAGUCCGCCGCCCACUACUCGAUUCAGCGGUGUAACACUCGAGGGGUUCAUUCUUGUCGAUUUCUCCUGUCUGGAGCUUGGUCUCCUUCAUCGAGGGGGUGCGACUAGUCGGAUGCUCUAUGAGCCGGAGGACUUUGUCAAGUACAUUUUUUACGCGGAAAACAGAACUUUGAACUUUGGGGUGGAGCAGAAGACAUGA